AUGAUCCGCGUGGAUCACGCCGGCGAGUACGGCGCCAAGCGGAUCUACGACGGCCAGCUCGCGGUGCUGGGCCGCAGCGGCGCCGCGCCCGCCAUCCGCGAAAUGGCCGAGGCGGAGCAGGCGCAUCUGGAUACCUUCGACACGCUGCUGGUCGAGCGCCGGGUGCGGCCGACCGCACUCUCCCCGGUCGUGGCACGUCGCAGGCUAUGCGCUGGGUGCGGCGAGCGCGCUGCUCGGCGAGCGGGCGGCGAUGGCGUGCACCGUCGCCGUCGAGGAGGUGAUCGAGCAGCACUACGCGGGCCAGGCCCAGGCGCCUCGGCGAGGACGAGGCCGAACUGCGCCAGACGCUUGAGGAGUUCGGCGCCGACGAGGCCCGGCACCGCGCAGACCGGCCUCGCCCACGGGGCGGAGCGGGCGCCCGGCUACGAGGCGCUCGGCGCCGCCGUCAAGCGCGGCACCCGGCUCGCGAUCUGGCUCUCCGAACGGAUUUAG